UUACGAAAACUCUUAUAUACCAAAUAGAUUUUAAUAAAAAUAGGCAUAUGCAGAUGAAGUAACCAACACAGUCAGUGCAAGCAGACAAUGAAUCUUCCAAGAAGUCCUAGUUCUUUUAUUUAAGUUUCUUCUUAAAGUUUAAUGCCUAUGACGACAAAAUGAACCUCGUAAUAGCUGACAGUACAUCUCUGUUGGUUUGCAUGCGAAAAAUAUAUCUUGCUCUGUCAUCAUGUGCUCUUAUGCCUUGGUCCAAAUAAUCACAUGCAUAUAUUUCAGUAUAUAUGAGUGUUGAAAUCAUGUGUCGCAGUUUUGACUAGAGCGGCUCUUGUACGAGGAAUGAGUCCCAGUGUUUUUGUUGUAUACAGACAAGCCAUUGCCACAUUGAUGGUUGCUCCUAUUGCUUAUUUUUCAAGGAGAAAGUCAGAUGGGAGUUCUAUUACGAUACGGAGCUUUUCUUUAAUCUGUUUGGCUUCACUUAUAGGUGUUACUAUCAAUCAAAAUAUAUUCUUUGAAGGUGUUUAUUUAGUCUCGUCAUCAAUGGCAAGCGCAAUGGGCAAUCUAGUCCCUGCAAUCACAUUUAUCCUGGCAGCAUUUAUGGGUUUAGAGAAGAUUAAUAUAAGAAGCAUAAGAAGUAUAGCAAAAAUAGUGGGAACAGUGUUGUGUGUGAGUGGAGCUAUAGCAAUGGCAUUGCUUAGAGGACCCAAACUACUAAAUUCAUUUGUUUUGGGAGGUGAUGAUUGGUUAGUGGGCUGCUUACUUCUCUUUGCAAGUUCUUGCUGCUGGUCUUUUUGGCUUAUUUUGCAGGUUAAAAUCACAUCAAGCUAUCCUGAUCACCUAUCCAUGUCAGCUUGGAUGUGUUUCAUGGGAACAGUACAGUCUGCAAUUCUCACAAUGUUCUUGGAGACAGAUCUAAAUCGAUGGAAAUUGCAUUCAUAUUUAGAGCUCAUCUGCUGCUUAUUUACAGGAAUUAUAGGAUCUGGAGUUUCGUUCGUGGUUCAAGCAUGGUGUAUAUCAAAACGAGGUCCUCUAUUUUCUGCAAUGUUCAACCCUUUAAGCACUCUCAUUGCAACUUUCUUAGCUUCUUUGUUUCUGCAUGAGCAGAUUUACAUGGGAAGCUUGAUAGGCGCAGUUGGUGUGAUCAUGGGUUUAUAUGCUGUGCUAUGGGGUAAGGCAAAGGAUGUUGGUAUUAAAAAUGAAGAUGAGAUUGAUCCGAAGGUGGAGAUUGAUGGAAUGCGAACUUCAAAUAGCUUGAAAGAUGAAUCUAUGGAAGAAGGAAAUUGUAAAGCUGAUAUAGAAGAACCUCUUUUGGCUCAUAGAUCGAUCUCUAGUUCACUUAUUUAGAAAUUCGGAAUUUUUGUAAAAUUCACAAUGUUAAUUUUUCCCUUAAAAAUUUAUUUUUGAAGUGCAAUAGUACUUAUUGAUCAAAAAACGAGAAUAAAUCCUGAAUAUUAGACGACCUA